AUGGCCUCUGAAUCACUCAACUCGUCCCAAGAGGACACCAAUCGCCACUCGGGCGAACAAAGCACCCCAUAUGCCACCCGAGCUACGGCCUCGCGACCCUCAAUGUUCCCCCUAUCGUAUCGAGACGGCUUCGCUGAAUGGUGGGCUAAGCUGCCAGUCGCGCAGACGGAACACAAAGUCCUUUCCUACCUCCCCUACUUGCGCCACGAACCGCCCACCCACUUGCAGACGGGAACCGACAGAAGGGGCAGCUUGGAGUCCACAGACCACAAUCAGCAGGGUGAGAUUAGUACAAACUCCCUUGAUGACCCCUAUGGCCCGCGCAAAUGGAGCUCCAGUAUGGUGGAGUUGAGCGGGAAGGACCGCGCGCUCAAUGAGUUCUCGGUAGAAAGAGUAGGGGAAGAAGCUGAUCAGCAUUUGGUCAUGCUGCACGGAUAUGGUGCUGGUCUUGGCUUCUUCUAUAAGAACUUCGAGCCGCUCAGUCGCCUCAAGGGGUGGCAACUGCAUGCUUUAGACAUGCUGGGCAUGGGCCGGAGUACUCGACCUUCAUUCAAAAUCAAGGCGAAGGGAAGAGAAGAUGCCAUUCGCGAAGCUGAAGCGUGGUUCGUUGACGCUUUGGAAGAGUGGCGCAUCAAGCGUAAGAUUGAUCGGUUUACCCUGUUGGGACACAGUCUUGGAGGAUAUAUGGCCGUCGCCUACGCGCUCAAAUACCCUGGUCAUCUAAACAAGCUUAUUUUGGCCUCUCCUGUUGGCAUCCCAGAGGACCCAUACGCCGUCACCGCAGGCGUCGCCGAGCCUUCAGAAUCGACAUUGCCUAGCGAGGUUACUCAGGACCAGCAGAGUGUUGUGGCACCAGGUGCUAUUCCAGGGCCAGCACCGAAAACUGCUGAUGGCAGCUUUAUCACUGGCCAGCAGCCCACUCAAGGGCCAGCCCAACCUCCACGACGGAAUCUUCCCAAGUGGUUCGCUUAUUUGUGGGAUGCAAACAUCUCCCCCUUCAGCCUGGUACGAUGGACCGGUCCGCUAGGACCUCGCAUCGUUUCUGGCUGGACUUCUCGCCGUUUCUCCCACCUCCCAGCCGAGGAAGCCAAGGCUCUCCACGACUACUCAUACUCGAUCUUCAGUCUCCGCGGCAGUGGCGAAUACGCAUUGGCAUAUAUCCUAGCCCCCGGCGCAUUCGCCCGCAGCCCUCUCAUCCACCGAGUCCACGGCCUCGGACGUCAAUUAAUCCAUAGCAACUCUCCUUUAAACCCACUCCCUCACGCUAUCUCCACUGCUAAAACCUGCUCAAAAGAAGCAGAGCCUACCCCCGCACCCCCUGCUCCCGCUUCUUCGGAACCGGAGACACCCGCCAAGCGUGAGAACGGCCUUCCUGUGAUUUUCAUGUAUGGCGAUCACGACUGGAUGGACGUUUCAGGCGGUCAUGCAGCAGCAGCUCGUCUGGAAGAAGAGAAGCGGAAGGUAUUGGCAAAUGCUACAGUAGAGGAACGUCAAUCUGACGAAGGCUCGUCGAAGGUGAUUGUCAUCAAGAAAGCCGGUCAUCAUCUUUACCUUGAUGGCUGGGAGGAGUUCAACAGUGUCAUCCUCGCUGAGAUGGAGGAAGUCAACCGACGGGAGAGGGGUCGUCAAUCGUCAUGA